AUGUCCAUCGUCCUCCCCGGCGAAACCGUCCCAGCUCAACAUGUCAACCUCAAACUAGGACCAGGUCUGCAACAGCUUUCAAAUGCUGAGGGAUCAACAUCAGUAGUGUCCACGCGCGCCGGGGAACUGCAGCACUCCGCGAACGGCAGUAAAUGGUGGGUGGAAAGUAAUGCUCGACGGUACGUGCCAGCGCCACAAGAAUCAGUGGUCGGCGUCGUGACCGGAAGGAUGGGAGAGGGGUUCAGAGUGGAUAUUGGAGGGGCCCACAACGCUUCUCUGGAUGCAUUAGCGUUCGAAGGAGCUAGCAGACGGAAUCGACCAGCGUUAAAAGUUGGGUCUGUGGUUUAUGCACGAGUCUCGUUGGCACAUAAAGACAUGGAACCAGAGCUUGAGUGCUUCGAUGCUCAAACGCGCAAAGCAGAGGGUUUUGGCGAACUCAAAGGUGGCUUCUUGACGCGAUGCAGUCUCAAAAUGUGUAGACAACUACUAGAUCCAGAUUACUUCUUGUUGCCCAUGCUCGGGUCACGGUUUCCGUUGGACGCUGCUGUUGGGGUGAAUGGCAGGGUAUGGGUGAGUGCAAAGGAGGUGAAGCAGACAAUAGCGGUUACGAGAUGUAUAGAGGCAGCAGAUCCUGACGGAGGCGGCAUGGAUGAGAUUUCGGUGAAGCAGUUUCUCAAUACAUUGGACUUGUGA